UUUUUUGUUUUGUUACUCCAUAGCAUAGGUUUCCAACAGAUUGGCAUGAUUAUUUUUGUGUUGAAUAGGAAAUUGUUUAUUUAAGAAUCUGGAGGAGUAUCUCCGCCCUAGCCAAUGCAAUACCCUUAAAUUUAUGAAACUUAAAAUUGAUGUAUUUUGAAAUUAUUGAUAUUAGAUAAGUAAUAUAACAAAAAUGUCUGAAAAACCAAAUGAAAUCAAAGAAAAACCAGGAGAUGGCCUUCGUUCAAUGAGAUCUACCACAGCAUUUCGUGUUAUUAACUUUGAACUUUAUGCAAAGCCGAAUAUUGUCAUCAUGAGCAUAGGUGCAACUUGUUUUGCACUUGCUUUGGGAUAUAUAGCUUAUAUGAGACAAAAAUAUGAAUCAAUGGGAUACUAUGCAGCAGUUGAUGCAGAUGGAAAAGAAAUAUUUGAAAAGAAAAAGUCGAAAUGGGACUGAAACUGACAAAAAAUUAUUUAAUUAAAUAAUUAUAGGUAGUAAAUAAUAAUCCAUAGCAUAAAAUAAUAUAAAAUCUAUUUUUUUAGUUAUUUAUGAGGCUUUAGUUAUUGGAAACCUUUUAUUGUCCUUUCAAAUAUACUCAAAUAAUAAAAAAAUAAUAAUAAAAAAUAA